AUGCCAAGCGAGUGGAGGAAGGGCAAGGGCGGCAAGCCAGAGCGCAAGGGCGCCAUGCCAGAGAGCGACUGGGUGGAGCGCGUCACGAAGUACCACAACACGGGAGGCCACGAGAAGAUCGAAAGGCGUGGCUUCAAGAACACCUUCUUCAGGACCCAUGUGGACGACCGCAUUGCCCAUUGCCCUUUCUACCUCUUCGUGGAGCAGGAUUACGGCAAUCUGCAAGGUGAGAGGGAGCGGCCACGCCGCCAGAGAGACGGGGUGGGUGGGUGGGUGCACGGCCGGAUGGCUGGCGAGGCGCUUUCUGUGAGGAGGGGGAUGGAUGCCUUCAUGCAUGCAUCUCUCCUGUGUGUGUGUGUAUGUGUGUGUGUGGCCCCUCAGGUCGGGAGCUUGAUCUGCUCCGCACCCUUUGCAACUGCUGCUGGGCGCUCAAGUACAAGGUCGACCUGUCGUGGGAUCUGCUCUUGGGUGCCGCUUCCGGCACCGUCCUCUUCGGCCGCGGCCUCCCCGACCUCGCCUACACCCAGCCCGAGGCCGUGGAGGGCAGGCCAUCCAUAUAUCACACACACACACACACACACACACACGGACAGGUGGACGGAUUCCACAACCGCCGAGGCACAACGGCGGGCACAGCCGCCGAAGCACCACGGCGGGUCAAAUGGCGACGCAGAUGCCACCAGGAGGGCCGGGGGGAAACAUUUCUCGGUCGGCACCGUCGCCAGGACGUCUUCCACAAGCGCCGAAGCACCACGGCGGGUCAAAUGGCGACGCAGAUGCCACCAGGAGGGCCGGGGGGAAACAUUUCUCGGUCGGCACCGUCGCCAGGACGUCUUCCACAAGCGCCGAAGCACCACGGCGGGCCAAAUGGCGACGCAGAUGCCACCAGGAGGGCCGGGGGGAAACAUUUCUCGGUCGGCACCGUCGCCAGGACGUCUUCCACAAGCGCCGAAGCACCACGGCGGGUCAAAUGGCGACGCAGAUGCCACCAGGAGGGCCGGGGGGAAACAUUUCUCGGUCGGCACCGUCGCCAGGACGUCUUCCACAAGCGCCGAAGCACCACGGCGGGCCAAAUAGCGACGCAGAUGCCACCAGGAGGGCCGGGGGGAAACAUUUCUCGGUC